AUGGAAAACAUGCCUAGCUCAUUGACAACUAGUCAAAUAAAUUGUGUGAAUAAGAAUCUUAAACUCCAACUUUUGAGUUUUCUUCGUCUGCCAGCUUCAACUGAUCAUCACCAAACAAUUGGAAAAAUUUUACUGGAUAUAGGCUCGACUAAUCAAGAAAUAUUAAAGGCUUUUCAAGUAGUAUCAAAGAAUGAUGACAGUAAACGUUUACUUCGUUCACUAAAAAGAAAAAAUGAUGAAAAGGAUAGCUAUAAUUUUGAUAAGGAUGAUAUUCCAGAAAAAAAAAGAUGCAUUGAGAGUAUAGCAUUUGAUCCAGAAUUAGUUAAAAUGUGGCUUCUUGAAAGGUUUUCAGUUGACACCGUUUCAAAACUAGUAAUGAAUUUCAUGCCAAAAUUACCAUCAAAAAUGCCUUUAUAUUUCCAAUCAAAUUAUACACCAAUAACGGCUGCUGGUACAGAUAGUCAAAUUAAGAAUUUAGCAGAUCUUUUAUCUAAUCAGAUUUGUACUUCAAAUAUUUCUUUACCCGAAUUAAAUGAAUGCAAAUCUGAAAAAAUUGAAACAAUAGAAAUGAUUAAAGAGGAACUUUUAAAGAAAAAUGAUGAUGAAGACAAUUUGUUUUUAUCAAUGCCUGCUGAAUUAAAUGUAAAAUGUUGUCGAAUUGACCCAUCUGAAGCAGAAGAAUUAUCACAUGACGCAUUAUUAAGAAUAUUGGAUACUGGCAAACUUAUUAUGUCAAAACCAUUUAAAGAUAUACAUAAUAAAGUUAUUACUCGUAUGGCUGUCAUGUGUAAUGAUAAAUUUCUAAAUACUAUACUAGAUUACAUAGAAUUAAAUAUGACAUAUAAUUUAGAUUUAUGUUUGUCUUGGUUAUAUGAGGAAUAUAGUAUGAAUCAAGGAUUUACUAAGCUGCCGACAGCUUUCAGAAAUUCCCUCUCAUCAGAACAAAACUAUAAUACAAUUUUAUGUUCAUUAAUAAGAGCAGCCUUGAAUAUUGAUGACCUCAAAGAUAAAGAAUUUGUCAUGACCGCUCUCUACUUAGAAAGCCCAUUUAUAACUGAUGAUGCUGUUGAUAUUUUAAAGGAUAUUUGCUGUAAACAUACUUUUGGCCUUUACAUACUUAAUGAACUUGUUACUAAAAGACCACCUAGACAAUUAGUUUACUUAAAUGCUCUUCUCUUUUACACAUCUCAUAAUGAAACUGAAUUACGUGAGAUGGCAUUAAAUUAUACAAGUAAACUGUAUACGAACAAUGAAUUAAAAAAUAUCAUUGAAGAAUAUGCUACCUUUUAUUUGGGUUUUUUGAGAUUACCACUUCCACCAGAUGUACUCUUUGGCCAAGAAAGUGGACGGCUAAUUAAAUCAGAAGUUUGGGAUGAUGAUUCAACAACUGCUUGCUUAUAUUUAUAUUUCAUGCUAAUGGCUAAUAAUUAUGAGUUGAUUCAUGAGUUAGCAUCAGUAUUUGUUCACGCAAAAAGUGAAGUGAAACGUGUUAUUAUCAAACUGUUACCUCAACCUAUUCAAAAAAUGCCAAUGAAUUCACCGGAAAUGUUAAGAUUGCUUGAAGAUAUUCCAAAAGGAGCUGAAACUAUGGUAACCCGAGUAUUACAUAUUGUUACAGAAAAAGAAAUUCCAUCGAUUGAAUUAGUUUCAAUGGUGAAAAAGUUAUUUGAUAAUCAGUUAGUGGAAGUGAGAUUUUUAGUUCCUGUUAUGUCUGGCUUGGAUAAAAAAUAUAUUUUAAAUGUUUUACCACAAUUAGUGAAGCUUAAUCCUAAUGUAGUAAAAGAGGUAUUUAAUAGAAUAUUAGGAAUAAACUCUACAAUAGCUAAUGCUAAUCCUUCACUAAGUCCUGCAGAAUUAUUAAUUGCUUUACACACUAUGGAAACAGAUCCUAAUGAUCUUAAAUUCAUUAUUAAAGCAACAUCUCUGUGUUUUGCUGAAAAAUCAGUAUUUACUCAAGAGGUUUUGGCAAUUGUCAUGCAAAAUCUUAUGGAUAUAAACCCAUUACCUACAUUAUUAAUGCGAACAGUUAUACAGUCACUUACGACAUAUCCACGCUUAAUUGGUUUUAUAAUGAAUAUACUACAAAGACUUAUAAUCAAAAAAGUAUGGCGACAAAAAACACAAUGGGAAGGAUUUAUUAAAUGUUGUCAAAAAACAAAACCAAAUAGUUUCCAAGUUUUACUACAACUACCACCUGAACAACUAGAAGAUGUUUUAAACCAGUGUCAUGAAAUGAGAAGACCAUUAUUAGAUCAUGUUCUUAGUUUUACUGAAGUUCAACGUUCUCAUAUUCGUCAAGCAAUUAUGGAUGUUAUAUUUGGUAAAGAGUUAGAAGUACCCCUUUAUAGAGAAUUAAAAGUUAAACCUGAACCAACUGAAAAUAUUAUAAGCACAACUCAAGCUACUAGUAUAAUUGAUACAGUGAAUACACAACUAAAAUCACCAGAUGUGAUAUCUAAUCUUAGAGAAGAUGAACUUAGGCCUCCUGGUGAAGGUGAUGAUGACUCAAUGCAAGAAAAUAAUGACACUUAUUAUUCUGUACAUUAAAAUUCCAAUUAAUACAAUUUUUAACUUUCAAAAAACUGUAAUUUUGUUUAAAAAAAUAUAUGUGUAUUAUUAUAUAUAA